AUGCCUCUGAAUGUGUUUAGCGUGGUAUGUUAUCAGCUGCUCGACAACAACGAUCAAAUCGAAUCAAACAAUUUGGAAAUAAUGUCACAAUUGGAUUGUCUUGGACAGAAGUCAAUGAUAAAAUUGUGUGUUUCAAAGCACAUGAUCGUUCACAUCCUCGAACAAAUGAAAUUUAUGCUGAACUUGAUCGUUUAUCGAAUGAAUUAA